CGCGCUACCUGCUGCAGCGGGCGCUGGAGGUGUCUGCGGAGCGCGGCGCUGACUGCACCUGCGGCCCUGGGGACGGAAACGGCCCAAGUCUGUUUUGGUGGUCUGAGAAGAAAAAAGACGAGCUGCUAAAGUUUUGGGAAAACUAUAUCUUAAUUAUGGAAACUCUGGAAGGAAACCAGGUUCAUGUCAUAAGGCCAGUUUUACCGAAGCUGAAUGACCUGUUCGAAGGUGCAGUGUCACAGGAAGAUCAUGAAGCAUGCUGGCUCAUCCACCCGUCUUGGCACAUGUGUAUUUAUAAGAGAAUGUUUGAAAGUGAAAAUAAGAUCCUGAGCAAGGAGGGCGUUCUGCAUUUUCUGGAGCUGUUCGAGACGCAGCUGCUCCCGUUCUCACCGGAGGUUUCCGAGUUUAUUAUCGGACCAUUAAUGGAUGCACUUUCAGAGAGUUCUCUGUAUAGCAGGUCCCCAGGCCAGCUGAUCGGAAGUGGUUCUCCAUUGGGACUGAAAUUACAGAAGUUUUUAGUUACUUAUACUUCUCUCCUUCCAGAAGAAAUAAAGAGUGGCUUCCUGCUAAAGUUUAUUCAGAAGAUGACCAGUAGACAUUGGUGUGCUGUUCCCAUUUUGUUUCUGUCUAGGGCUUUGGCCAGCGUCCCAAAAUGUAACGCCCUGGCUCGGGAGGGGCUUCUUGCCCUCAGGGAUGUCCUUCAGUGCACCCUGGUCACACACCAGAUCCUGCUGCGGGGGGCGGCUCAGUGCUCUCUUCUGCAAGCGGCUAUGAACUUGGUGGAUGCGGAGAAAGUGUCACUUUCCGACGUCUCAACUUUUCUCAUGUCUCUGAGACAAGAGGAGUCCUUAGGACGGGGGACUUCACUGUGGACAGAGCUCUGCGACUGGCUGCGUGUUAACGAAACCUGUUUUGGGCGCUCUGCAGCUUGUAGCCUCGUGGGGCUUCAGGAGCCAGUCUCCUUGAAUGCUUACGUGAAGACCCUAGUUCAAGAGUACGUUAAGUCUCCUGCUUGGGAAACUGGAGGAGACUGUGGGGUGCCCGACGGGUGCGAAGCCCAGCUUGUGGCUCUGAUGGUCUUGCUGGCUGUGGACGUGGAAGGGAUGAGGAGCCAUCACAGCGAAAAGCAGAGGACGCAGAACGUGCUGAGGAUGUUCUUGGAGCCUCUCCUGGACGCGCUCACGAGGGCGGGCACCAGCGCCUACCUGCCCUUGCCGAGGAGCGAGAGGAGCCUCCAGCUGCUGCUGAAGCUGCUGCACGCUUGCUCGCCGGAAGCUUCCAGGACCCAGGAUGAUGAGGUGUUUACUCUUCUUCGGAACCUUGUCCUGCCUGCCACAGACAGCAUCGCGGAGUUUAUCCUCAGAAGACUCACCGUGGACGAGCUCAGCAGCGUCUCGGACUUGGACCGCUGCCGCCUGUACCUGACGGUCUUCACCGAGCUGACGCGUCUGCACGGGGAGGGGGCCUGGGAGGGCGUCACCGGCCUCUGGAGAAUUCUCCGUCCCCUGAGGAACGCAUCCAUUCGGCACCUUCAGGACACGGACGGGGGACAGGAGCCGACCCUCGGGAGGCAGAUUCAGAUGGUGGUCAGUAUGGCCGCCCUGGCCACGGUAUGCGAGGCCACUGCCCGGCAGCCGGAGCGCGCGCAGGACGCCCUGGACGCCGGCCCCGCCGAGAGCUUCCUCGCCUCCCUCCCGCUCAGCCGGACGCUGCAGAAGCCCCGGAGCAGUGUUUCUGAAGAGUCCUCCUCUUCCCAAGGAUGGGGCAAGGUCGUCGCACAGUAUAUUCACGACCAGUGGGUCUGCCUCUCUUUCCGGCUGAAGAAAUACCACGCCCUCAUUCCGGCCUCGGAGGGCGCGCUGCUGGACCCUGAGCUGCCGGCCGUUCAGAGGCCGGGGAGGACCCUGCAGUGCGCGCUGGACGCCCUCAGCGUGCUGCCCGCCCCGCAUGUGUUGCCUGUGCUCCGCUGCAUGAAAACCCUGGUUCCCAAGCUCCUGGCCUCCUCCGAGUCGCUCUGCAUAGAGGCUUUCGACACAGCGUGGAAAAUCAUAAGCAACACUUCUCUAAGCAACACUCAGCUGAUAUUCUGGUCUAAUUUAAAAGCUUUCGUUCAGUUUGUUUUUGAUGCCAAAGUUCUUACCAUUGCUGCAAAAAUCCAAGGCCGAGCAUAUCUCAAAAUAAAAGAGAUUAUGUACCAGAUGAUUGAAAUGUCUGCUAUAAAAACUGGUGUCUUCAAUACACUGAUAAGUUAUUGCUGCCAGUCUUGGAUUGUUCCUGCUUCAAGUGUGUCCCGAGGAUCUUUGGCAAACGCUAAAAAUUACAGCGAACUUGUCCUUGAGGCUUGCAUCUUCGGAACUGUGUUUAGGCGUGAUCAAAGACUCAUUCAGGACGUACAGACCUUCGUAGAAAAUCUUGGACAUGAUUGUGCAGCAAAUGUUGUUAUUGAAAAUACUAAAAGAGAGGACCACUACGUCAGAAUUUGUGCUGUCAAAUUCCUGUGUUUAUUAGAUGACUCAGAUAUGUCCCACAAGUCGUUUAUGGAAGAUCUUGCAGUCAAGCUAUUAGAUAAAGACGAAUCAGUGGCCAAGUCUAGAACUCGAUACUACGUGAAUUCUCAACAACACAGAGUGAAAAACCGGAUAUGGCAGGUUCUGCUUGUACUUUUCCCCAGAUUUGAUCAGAAUUUCUUGAAUAGAAUUAUCGACAAGAUUUUCCAGGCUGGUUUCAUCAAUAAUCAAGCAUCCGUAAAAUAUUACAUAGAAUGGAUUAUUAUACUGAUUCUUCAUAAAUUCCCUCAGUUUCUUCCGAAGUUCUGGGAUUGUUUUUCUGACGGUGAAGAAAACCUUAAAACGAGCAUCUGUACGUUUUUAUCGGUUCUGUCACAUUUGGACGUCAUUACUCAAAAUAUUCCAGAAAAGACCAUAUUUUACAUCCUUCCGCGCCUCUCCGGCCUCGUUGAGGACGAGUGGAUCGCCACCGACAAGUUCGCCCGGUUCACCGACAUCCCUUCAGACUCGGCGUUUCAGUGGUACCUAUCUCCGGCCCAGCUGCGCCAAGUGAACCCAGGCGACUGGGCUCAGCAGGACGCAGGUUCUGACCCGGGGGAAGCAGAUAACCAGUCCACGUGCGGUGACGUGCAGAAGAAGGUCAUCCCGUGGAAGGACGCCGUGCCCGAGGUGGACCUGGAGCCCGCACUCCGGGGCCGAGGCGCCGCACUGGGCAGGCCCGACGGCGGGCUGAUCGUCGUGGCCUCGCUCAUUGACAAAGCAGCCAACUUGGGAGGGCUGUGCCGGACCUGCGAGGUGUUCGGGGCCUCGGCGCUCGUCCUCGCCAACCCCCAGUGUGUCAACGACAGGCAGUUCCAGCACCUCAGUGUCUCCGCCGAGCAGUGGCUCCCUCUGGUGGAGGUGAAACCACCUCAGCUGACCGAUUACCUGCAGCAGAAAAAGGCGGAGGGCUACUCCAUCAUCGGUGUGGAGCAGACGGCCAGAAGCGUGGCGCUAACACAGUACCGCUUUCCCGAGAAGUCGCUGCUGCUGCUGGGAAACGAACGUGAGGGGAUUCCGGCCGCGCUGAUCCAGCAGCUGGACGUCUGCGUGGAAAUCCCGCAGCAGGGCGUUAUCCGCUCCCUCAACGUGCACGUGAGUGGGGCGCUGCUGGUCUGGGAGUACACGCGACAGCGGCUGUGUGGCCGCCCCGGCCGGGAAGGCCCUGCCUCUUCUGACACGAGUCACUGGUGCCAUUGAGACGUCUGUCAAAAAACUAUUUGGACAAGCGAAAUAGAUUCUCAACUCUCUGCAGUUGUAUUUUUUUCUUGCAAUUUAAUGCCAAAACUUUUUCAUGUGCCUUAACUAUUUUACUAUGUGUUGUCUGUCCCCUUUAAUAAACAGUUUUAGCUAAA